UUUUUCUAUAUAUCACUGUUCGCCGGCAUUCAAAAUAAACGGUCAACUGGGAACACCAGCGCCAUCUAGUUUACAGAUAUGCAAGCACUUCUUCAACAACAUCGAUUAUUGAAUUAAGUAGUUGUGUAUUAUCGACGAUCCGCCACAUUUCUAGGCAACUCGUCAUAGAAUCGAUAUACACAGCUAGCUGCAAACACAUAUCGCCCUGAAAAUAUAUAAACAAAACGCAUCUAAAAAAACACAAAAUGAGUUCACCUACUAAUAAACAUGUCAGCGAAACAAACAAUAAUAGCAACAAACCAAAAAAGUCAGCCAAAACUAAUUCCAAUGCCAAGGGCGGCACCAUGGACACGCGUGGAGAAUUGGCGGACCUCAUCAAGAAGAAGGCUGAGACUUCGGAACAACUAGCCAAUCUAGAACGUCAAAUUUAUGCCUUCGAGGGCUCUUAUCUAGAGGACACACAACUGUGCGGCAACAUUAUUCGCGGCUGGGAACGCUACCUGACUUCGAACAAGGCUACAAAUUCGAAGGCCGACAAACGUAAUCGCAAAUUCAAAGAUGCUGAGCGAUUGUUCUCCAAAUCCAGCAUUACCUCAAUGGCAAUAUGCAAUCCUGAACGCGCCAGCGAAUCUGAUUCCAUAACAAACGAAGACUCCAGCGAUAAUCAGAUCUCAAUUAACCAGAAUACUACGACGGCACACGAUGGAGCUACAUCAAUUAAGUCGCAGGAUGAAAAGGAUUCGCCAUCACAUCGAAACGAUUCAGGCAGCGUUGGAGGCGCUGCCAGCAACAAAGAGCCCGGCACACCCACAUCCAAUACAAAAAGCAAAUUGGGCUCAAGCUCGAGUGCGACGGCCAAGAAGAGUGGACACAUCAACAAGAAAAUACGGCAUCGAUAAUAGAAUUCGUCCUUA